AAUAGGCAGUCGGCAACUCCAGUCACCGUGUGACGUAACUACGCCACCCAUAAAAAGAAACAGUUAUCACGAUAUUUACUCGUAAAAUAUUCCGUGUGUGAACUUGAACCUGCUUGUGUUUAUUAUGCGUCAGUAACAUGGCGAACGCAGGCAGCUGAUAAAGUGACAGUGAAGAGGCCCAGAAGCGUUCGCUUUCUGUUGAUGGAAUAAUGUGUCACUACGUCACGGGGGCGUAACUGAAGCGGGUUUUCUGUGCCACCGUGUUUCACUUUUACAGACCAUCCCAAUGGCUACUGAACCGAAAGAAGUAGCCAUAGAAAAUGCUACAACGAAGUCUGAUACAAAGAUUUGCGGUGUUUGUGGUGACAAAGCCUUAGGAUACAAUUUUGGUGCAGUUACCUGUGAAUCGUGCAAAGCAUUUUUCAGGAGAAACGCUCCGAAAAAUAAGGAAUUUAGAUGCCCCUUUAAUGAGAACUGCGAAAUAACAAUAGUCACAAGAAGGUUCUGUCAGCGCUGUAGAUUAAAGAAAUGUUUUGCAGUUGGAAUGAGGAAAGAUUAUAUAAUGUCAGAGGAAGAUAAAGUAAUGAAACGACAGAAGAUAGAACAAAAUAGAGCCCGGAAACGUCCAUUCACCUCAAAUCAAAAUAAAUUCAAACCAGAACCUUCUCAAGACUCGUUCGAGUAUGUUGAUCAUGGUGUGUCACUGCUGUCUCCAGAGAGUUCGUCGCAUUCGAAAGACGGUGGACCUGAGGGAAGCCCACCUCCCGCAAAGAUGUGGAUUGGCAGCCCAUCUGAUGAGAGGCUACAACUUUCACCUUUGAGGAGCCAGCAUGUAGCUGAACCUUAUCCAUCCCCAAGUUCAGCAACAAGUGCAUCUAGCCCCACAUCACCUCCAGAAAAUACUACUAUUAAUGGUUCAAGAACACCUGACAUGCUUUGUGACUCAGAGAGCAGACAUGCAGAUAGCAAUAGUGGUGUAGUGCAUCAGUCCCCUCAAUCUCACAGACUUUCGUCAUCACAAGCAGUGUACAAAAACUCUUUGAAAAAUAUUGGAAGAAAUAAGGAAAUGCCAUUGUUAUCCUCUCUUAUAAAUAACCACAAGGUGGAUGAACUACUGUCAAAACAAUAUGCAGCUUCCGCUCCAACCACAGUUACACCAAACAGCGAAAAUGUGAAGAGACGUGAGUCGGGUGAGUGGAGAGAUCGAGAACAAGAUCAUUACCGUGAACAUGAAAAAAUCUGGAAAGCGAGUGGAGCCUCAUCAAUAUCAGAAGCUGCUAAAGAAAUCUUACAGGAUGUACAGAGAGUACCAGGUAUCCCAAAUUCUUAUCCAUCCUCAAAUUCAUAUGCAUCAAUACUCAGUGAAGCGAUUAAAUUGGAAUUUGAAGCCUAUAGUUCACUGGCAAAGACCCACCAAAAUUCUCGUGAACUUAAUGAUGCUGAAAGAGCCAAGCUAAAUGAGCUCAUAGUUGCCAACAAGGCACUGCAUGAUCCACUGGAUGAUGAUAUUUCUGCUCUGGUGGGAGAUGAUUGCCGAUUUAAGGCCAGUGUGAAUGAAGCCCCAGUUUUACUUGAUGUGAUAAAUUUAACUGCUGUUGCCAUACGUCGACUGAUAAAAACGGCAAAGAAAAUAAAUGCAUUUAAAAAUAUGUGUCAGGAAGAUCAAGUGGCUCUGCUGAAAGGAGGCUGCACAGAAAUACUAAUGCUACGUAGUGCCAUGUCUUAUGAUCCAGACAAUCAUAUUUGGAAGAUACCACACUCAAAAGAGGCUUUUAAUGUUAAAGUUGAUGUGCUGAAAGAAGCAAAUGGAAACAUAUAUGAGGAGCAUCAGAGAUUUCUUCGAACAUUUGACCCAGAAUGGCGCACAGAUGAAAAUAUAAUGCUUAUUUUGAGUGCAAUUACACUGUUCACACCUGACCGGCCAAGGGUUGUUCAUGAUGAUGUUAUCCGACUGGAACAGAAUUCAUACUAUUACUUGUUGCGGCGGUAUCUAGAGAGCCAGUAUCCAGGAUGUGAAGCCCGAUCUACAUUUCUGAAGCUCAUACAAAAGAUUGCUGAGUUGCAUAGACUAAAUGAUGAAUUAGUUAGAGUGUACUUGGAUGUAAAUCCACGUGAUGUUGAGCCACUGCUGAUAGAGAUAUUUGAUCUGAAACCACACUGAAUACAAAUUUGUGGGAAGAUUCUUCUUGUUACUGCUAAUAGUCUACUCAGAUGGUACACUUUUUUUAUUUUGCAGGCUAAUGUCAUUGACAUAAUAUCACAUGAUAAUAUUAUGUAGUUCCUAUAUUAUAAAUAGAUGUUGCCUUUGUGGAUACAGUACAAUUUUUAAUAUAUUGAAGUCAAAACAGGUAUUGUUACUCAGUGAUUAGCUUUCACUUAAGAUAUAUUAAAAGAUUUAGCACAUGAAAUGAAAUGUAUGAGCUGAACAUUUGAAAAUGUGUGUAUAGAGAAUUUUGUGGAAUUUGUUAUAUAUUGUUUGUAUUUGUUUUUGUUAUGUAUGUAUGAAAAUUUUAUUUAUAAUCUGUCUCGAACAUUUUGCCACAUUCCAAGCACCUAGCGAACUCUGGAUUAAGUGGCAAGACUCGAGCUUUAAUUACUGAACACAAGAGAUCCUAAACAGAGUGUGAAUUAUAUAAAUAAUUAUAUCACUUCAUUGGGAAAGUAUUGAUUUUUCCUGACAAGUUUAUGCCCAACUCACAUGACGAUGUUGUUGGACUCCAAACUCUGUUGAAGGAUUGCUAAAUUCAGAACAAAGUUCGAUUUACACUAUCCAUUGUAUGUAUGAAACUCUUGUGAGGACCACAGCCUGAUGAUGGUUCCGUGACACAUUCCUGCCUCAUCCAUCUGACAUCAUUGGUACUGAUCUCUCCUGCCCUUCAUAUUUUCAUGUCAGUUGCAAUUCCCCUCAAUUUCAGUGGAUUGUCUCUCUCUCUCUCUCUCUCUCUCUCUCUCUCUCUCUCUCUCUCUCUCUCUUCUCAUAUGAAACUCGAUAACCACAUCACCCUACUGCAUUGGACAUUGCACACAGCUUUUGUGAGUAAAAGUGACGACACUCCUUGACUGCAGAUGUUAAGCCAUUGCAGGCAGUGGUGUUAGCAUCUUAGCAUGAUGUGGAGCAGCAUGAACAUUACUGUGAGUAAAUUGUGGGUUUGCAGUGUCUGUUUCUGUGGACUCUGGCUAAAGGGGACAGAUUCAUACUCACUCUGUAGCUGUAUAAGAAUAUUUUUCUUUUAUAAAGUUUGGCAAUUUUGUAGAAAGGUAUUUUGCAAACUGUUCAGUGUAUGUGGUGUUCCACAUACCUGCAAAUGAAAGUUUGACACUUUAUAACUGAAUGUGUGUGCUUUUUGUGCUGUUGACAUUAGAACAUACUUUAUGAACUUGUUUUAAAAAUGAUGUGUAACAUAUUUUGAUAAAACAUUAAGAAUGUACACAUUUUUAUAAUUGAAAGGGUUUUAGGCUUGAAGAAAGCAUUUUUCUCCUGGAGCCUAUACAUAUGCCAAACAUGAAAUCUGACAUUAUAGAGUGCACUAUUUUUAUGGAAUAAAAGUUGAUCUUGUAUAUGAAGAGCAAUAUUUAGAAUGCUUUGCAAAAUAUUUUCUUAGAAUGCCAAUGUUUGUAUAUAAUGUUACUAGAAAGGUAGCUAUGAAUAUUUGUUAUUUAAUAGAUAGUUAUCUUUUUGAUAGUUAUCUUUUUGAAAGAUAUCGGUGAUCAGUAUGUGCCAUCUAGUUUUUUCUAAUGUAUCAAUCAUGUGACUGUGUACAUAUCUACAUAGAAAUAGUAAUAUGUUUCUAAUGUUCUUGAUUCAUUGUACCUGGUAUUUUUAUAAAGUUAUUUACUGUAUAUAUAUAUAGAUUUACGUAGUUUGUGAACAGAAUUGUGGAAAGAUUUCCACAGGUGAGAGUGUGAACCCUAGCACAUUGUUCUAAUUGUGAAUUACAGCUUCUUUGUUUGGAAUGCCUUGAUAAGUUGAAACUUUCUAGCUUUUCCAUUAUCAUGGAAGUUGCUUUCCUAGCUGCUCGCUUACUGUUUCUUUAUGAAAAUAAUCUCUAUCGUAGGUAUUAGAAAACUGCAAAGAACUUCACGAUGGCACCAUUUUGAUCAUGAUAAAUAUUUUGAAAGAUUAUUUUGUUCAUCGUGUACCAUGCCUUUAUAGCCUUUUAAGAUUUAAAUUUUUACUGUCAGGUACAAGUGCUACAGUUUUUAAUCUGUUAAACUACAUUAUGGACUCCCAUCAAUUUAUGGUGGUUCAGUUUCAAUUGUGCCUCCACCACAAUCUUCUUAACCUGCAACAGUGCAAGUACAAUUAUUUCUUAUUGAAUCAUAUUCUGCUUUGUAUUAAAAAGAAAAAAAUAGUUAAACGUACCUUGAAGUAGUGCAUUUUAUAUGUGUCAGACCAUCCCACAGACCUUGAGAAGAAAAUUGAGAAAUAAUUUUUCAUAGUUAACACACUUAAUUAUUUCUUUGACUACCUAGUUAAGUUUUGUAGCACCUACAAUGUGCAAUUUCACAAAACUAAAAAAAAGUGAUAGCAUUCUGAGUUCUUUCUUUCAUAUUUUCUCAAUUUUUCGCUGUGGGAAUGUAUCACAUUACAGUGCUGGUGUUCUAAUGUAUCACAGUUUCAUGUACAAUAUCUACAGAAAAAUUCAUGAGAUUUAUAGGUGACGACAAUCUAAGAGGUAUAAAUGAAGUGUAUAUUGUGUGAUUGUGUUAAGUUUGUGUGUUUAAGUGAUCACGUUAAAUGAAGAUUAUCUUCACAGUUUUAUGACUAGCAUGUAUGUCCACAUUAUCAUCACAGAUUGUGUUUGAGUUAAUUAAACAUGUCUCAGUUACAUAUUUGUGGCUUGAAUCAUAUUCAUCAAUGUAACUAUGGAUAUUGCCUUUAAAUAUUUUGCAAGUAUGCUAGUGAAGUUAAAACUGGCUCAUGUAGUAAUGAAAAACAAAUAUACAUUUCUUGUUCA